CCCCUACGCAAACCUCUUUGUCACAAGUGAAGAAUGAUUUUUUCAGACUUUUUCUUUCCACGUGCAUCAAGAGUAGUCUAUGCGGAGGCGUUUGGCUGUUGCUUCGUUUUGCUUCUUCAGCGUAGGGGCUAUGACGGGAUGCGGACUUGCAGGCAGUAAUAGGAAAACUCUGGUAUAAAAAACAAAUUAAAAAACGCGAAUGACCCAGAAGAGGAAUCCAAACUGAAAUUGGAUUUGCCAUAUCCUCUUUUCGAAUGCUAAAAGGGACUGCUGUGAAAUGGGCUCUGUUCCCCUGUGUCUUCUGCUCUCACUGACGGCGCUGGGCGUGGCCUUGCCUGAGGACGGGGAUGAGUACACCUGGCCCCACGGGAAGGUCCCGCUGGUGCGGAGCGAGCGGACGGUGCGCCUCAGCCGGCCGGCGUUCGGCGGCGAGCCGCAGGGCGAGCUGAGGGGGGCCUGCGCGAUCGAGUGCCAGAGCACCCUGCCCCGCCCGGACGCCGCCGACCUGGAGAGGCUCCUGUCCUACGAGACGGUGUACGAGAACGGCUCGCGCACGCUCACCCGCGUGUCCGUCCGCGGCCUGGCCGAGGACGCGCCCCCCCGGAACGCCUCGCGCCCGCGCCGGAGGAGGGAGGUCUACGGCACGGACAGCCGCUUCACCAUCUCCGACCGGCAGUUCUCCACCAGCUACCCCUUCUCCACCACCGUCAGGCUCUCCACGGGCUGCUCCGGGAUCCUGGUCUCGCCCAAGCACGUGCUGACGGCCGCCCACUGCAUACACGACGGGAAAGACUACCUGAAGGGCGCCAAGAGGCUGCGCGUGGGGCUCCUGAAGCUCCGCUCCAAACAGAGAGGGGGACGCAAGAAAGGCCGGAGGAAGGGAGAAGGCCAGAAAGGGGAGGGGAAGGAGGAGGGGAAAGGAGAGCAGGAGGGAAAAGGAGAGCAGGAGGAGAAGGGAGAGCCAGAGGGGAAGGGAGAACCAGAGGGGAAGGGGGGACGGGAGGGGAAGGGCGGCAAGCGGAGAGGGAGGAAGAGCCGUAGCCGGCGCAGCGCGGAGGCCAAAAAGCCCACCUUCCGUUGGACGCGGGUGAAGCAGACCCAGGUCCCCCAGGGCUGGCUGAAGGGCCCGUCGGGGAAGGCGGAGGUGGCGGUGGAUUACGACUACGCCCUGCUGGAGAUGAAGCGGCCGCACAGGCAGAAGUUCAUGGACCUGGGCGUGGUCCCGUCCGUCCGCGAGCUCCCCGCCGGCCGGGUCCACUUCUCCGGCUUUGACGACGACCGGGCCGGCCAGCUGGUGUACCGCUUCUGCUCGGUGACGGAAGAGUCCGGAGACCUGCUGUACCAGCAGUGUGACUCGGGGCCGGGGGCCGGCGGCUCGGGCAUCUACGUCCGCCUGAAGGAGCCCGGGAAGAGGAAGUGGACGCGGAAGAUCGUCGGCGUCUUCUCGGGGCACCACUGGGUCGACGUGAACGGGGCGCAGCAGGAUUACAAUGUCGGGGUGAGGAUCACGCCCGAGAAGUACGCCCAGAUCUGCCUCUGGGUGCACGGCAACUCGGAAGAGUGCCGCUCUGCGUGAGUCCCCGCCUGCCAGGUCCGCCCGUCACUGACUCCUGCUGCUCCUGCCGGUCCCCUCACUGACUCCCGCUAUCCUGCGUAUUAUCUUCUGUAUGUCGCUUUUCCAACUCCGCACUAUAGGCUGUUUCUCCACAACUUUCACCGUGCACAGCUGCCUUGAUGAUCUAUCGAUUACAUUUACAUUUUAUAGAAAUACAACAUUAGAUUAUAAAAAGAACUAUGGGUGUUCUUUUAUUUAUUUAAUUAAAACACGGAAUAUUAGCUGAAGAAAAUACUCAGAGGAGUCAGACAAACAUUCCAUUGCCAUUUCCUUUCUCUAUCUGGUAAAUAC